AUGGCCGCCCCGAGCACAUCCCCCUUCUCCCAGGAGCAGACCUCCUCCAACUUCGCCCUGCAACAAUACCUCGCUCUGCAGUCCCAGCACGAGGAGCUCCGGCAACACCUGGACCAGAUCCGGCACAUCAACACCUGCAACACCUCCCUCGCCUCCUCUCCGUCGGUAUCACCGACCCGCAGCGCCUGCUCCCCCUUCGGGCAGUACCCCAACGCGGCGCCGUCGCCGUCGUCGUCCGGGCGCAGACACCACAGCCGCAGCCGGCGCUCGUCGCUCUCGUCGCCUAAGGCGCGGCGGAGCAGCUCGCUGGCUCCGAUCGCGGACGAGACGACCAUCUGGGCGGUCGCGGAGGAGGAGCAGCGCCUGUUCGACGUCAACGAGGGCAUGAAGCGGGCCCUGAUGGAGCUCCUCAACUGCGAACAGGUGCGGAGCGACAGCUCGUUCCGCAUGUGGGUUCAGUGCCGCCUGAUGGACACGGAGAGAGAGCUUCGCUCCGAGCGACGACGUAAGAGCGCGCCUUGA